AUGGCAAACAAAUUAAUUUAAAAGUUAUUACAUACAAAUCAAAUCAAUAUCUUAUAGUCAAUAGAAUUUGCUUUCAAAUCAAAAGAUUUAGUUAAUUAAAAUACAAAAACAACUUAUAAAUAAAUAAAUAGAAUGAUAGACCUUUCAAAUAAAGAAAAUUACUCCUCAGUUCAUCACAUAAUUAUACCUAAGCCAAUCAGUACUUUUAAAAGAUCUCAUUCUAAUAUUGAAAGAAAAGAUAUAAAAAAUGUUGGCUCUACACCUUCUAAUUUAACCACUCCUGGAUAGUCAAAUAAUCCAUUUCUAAAAAUAUAAAAAGGAAGGUUAGAUAAUUUAAUUAAAAAUAACAUGUAAAAUAUAGAGGCUGCUUUCUAGUAGCAUUAAAGUGUACAAUAAGGAAUAAAAUUUUCAGGGAAUGACCUUGAGUAGUAUGCUACUGAAUAGAAAUAAAAUAAAUUAACUUCUUAAGAUUAUUGCCAUAAUUAUGUCUCUAAUCCUUGCAGUAGCUAAUAAAAAAAUAUGCAGGAAAAGCUGAUUAAUAACUAAGUUGAUACAGAAAUAUCUUAAAAUAUUCUAAGUAACUUAAGCAAUAAAAUAACCUAAAUAUAAAACUCAAACAGCAAACUUAAAAAGGAUUUACAUAUUCUUCCAAUCACAAAAAUUUAAAACUAAUAAUGCGCUAAUAGUAUUGAGAAUUAAAGUGUAAAAGCUUAAGAUUUAAAUUUUAAUAAAUUCAAAAAUAUAUAGUCAAGCAAUUUUCAUAUAAAUAUCCCUCAGUAGAUUUAAGCAAAUAAAUAAUCACCAAGCUUUUUUGAUAAUUCUAUUUAGUCAAAAUCAUAUAAAAAUUAUAAUAGCACUGGGAAUUUGUUAAAGUAGGAUGACUUUAAAGUAAAAAAUAAUAUCUAAAUAUUUGAAAACUAAUGUGAUGUCACUGACGAAUCUGGUAUUAAGAAGAGUCCGCAUGCUGCCGUUAAUAGAAAUAAUUUAGACUAGCAUGAACUAUUUUCAAACUAUUAAUCAAACUAAGUUAGUAAUAUUCAAAAUAUUCUUUCUAGCACAAAUGCAUUUAAUUUUACAAACAAUAAUUUAAAUCUUAAUAAUAACAACAACAAUAAUAAUAAUUUGAGUGCGUUUUUUGAGUAGAGCACAGUUUGCUUUAAUAGCACUGAAAAUGAAGAUUCUAACAAUCUAAUUAGAGUUUUUGAUAAGCAUAUGCAAGAAAAGCAAGAUUUAUUUAAAAUAUAGAUUGAAACUAGUGAGCUAUUAGGAGAGACAAAUCAUAAUUAAAUUACUAAUUCUAGAAAGUUAAAUGGAGAAAAUACAAUCAUAUUUGAUGAGAAAGUGUUUAUAGGAAACACUGGUGUUUAUUAGUAAACUGAGUACAUUAUUUUCAAGAAUGAAGACUUUAAUAGAUUGUUACUAAAAUAAGAGGCCAUAUAGGAGUUGCUUGUGCAAUAAUAAAUGAAGAUAAAGCAUCUUGAAAAUUAAAUUAAUUAACAAAAUUCUUUUGAAAAGUAAGAAAUGAAGCAAUAAAUGCUUUAAUAAAUCUAACAAGAUCUAUAAAGUAACUAGAGACUAAGUAGAUUUAACAACAAACAGUAUGAGUAAAACAACAAAUUAGGCCAAUUUAAUUUUACAGACACAGAUUUUAGAUAAUUUAACUAAAAAUAAAAUAUGAGUCAAAAUUUUUUCUCAAAUAAAUUACAAUCAGAUAAGGAUGAUGAGUGUAAAACUAUUAACAAUAUUACUGAAAUUUUAAAUCUUUAAACAGAUGAAAGUCACAGUCAAUUUGAUGUAAGUCUAAAUACUUUCAAAAGUUAAAAUGUAACAAAAUACAGCUCAAAUCCUAUGGAUAUUAAUCAAGUAAACACUCAAAAAUAUAAAAUUUUAACAAGCAAUAAUCUAUAGAAUCAAAAUGUAAACAUGAUAUCAACUUUUGGUUAGGAUCAAAUAUAAUAAAUGAGUAAAGAUGUUUAGUUUAGUAAACAAACUCCUUAAUUUUUUUUGAAAAAUAUAAACCAAACAAAUCUUGCUGUAUAAGAGUAAUCAGCAGGAUAUAAAUAAACGGAUAUGUAGAGUUUGCUAAAGUCUUCAAUGUUUGAUUAAAGUAGAAUUAUGGAUGAGAACGAAGAAGGUUAAGUGAGGCAAAGUAUUAAAGAAACAUGUAGAAAUAAAAAUGUAUAAGGAAAUACUCAAGAAUUAAAUUUUAAUUGCUUUAUAGAUGGUGUUGAAACAUUUAGAGGAAAUUAAACUACUACUGCAAGUGUCUUAUAGAAUAAUAUGUAAUCCUAGCAGUCUUAAAAUAUUAAAGUGCUAGAAAACAAUCCUAAACCUCCUAAAAUCCCAUAAAAGAAAAUAUUCUCAGAACGUUCAGAAUAUUCCUCCAUACAAAGCAAUACAAGUACUAUAGCAGGUCAUACUUCAGGAAAUAUAUCAAACUUUGUUAGCACAGAUCGUUCUCACAGCAUUAUUCCAUAAAGAUCAAAGAGCAUCAACAUAACAAAUUCUUAAAACAAUUAAAUAUAAAAUAAUUUUGAAAAAUGUAAAAUUAAUACUUAGUAAAGUGAUGAUAUAAAAUAAAAUAGCGAAAAAUAUAACUCUUCCUACUCCACAUUACCCAGCAAUAAUACACAUCAUUUUAGAUCACAAGGUGAUUAUGAAUACAAUAUUUUACUAAAUGGACAAAACGGUUAAGAACAUAUAAAAUAAGACUAAAAUUGUAAUAUUUUUUGA